GGCCAGCCACAGCUGACUUCAUCUGUGCGACCUUGGGCGAGACAGGUAUGGUGUAAAUAACACUAAGCAUUACUUUACCUGUGGUCACUUUGCAUGCAGCUCCCAUACAAUCCAUCUUCUCUCUUGCAAUGUCGUCGUCAUCAUCCUCUUCAUCCUCACCAUCACCACCACCAAGGCGACCUGGUAGACCCACCAUAUAUUCCCCAUUAGAAAAAAAGAGGAGGAGAAAGAGUCUAGAGAGAAAAAGGGCUCAAUCAAGGAUAUGUAUAAGAGAACAGAUAGGAAGAUGGAUGUCACUUAGGGAAACACUUAAUGUCUUCUCGCAUGCUGAAGUUGCCAAGUUUUUGCUGGACUUAUAUGACAAUUAUGAAAACCGAGAUGUGUGCAAGGAAUCAAAAGUGAAAAUACAGGAAGCAGAUGGAAACUCAACAUUAAAUGCAGAAGAGGAUGUGCCAGAGACCUCUUUAACAGCAGGCACUGAAAGAUUGCUAUGUGAAGAUUUAGAGGAUGAAUCUACAGACAGUUCAGGGGAAGAGUGUACUAUUGAUAAUGAAUAUGACCUUUCUAAAAGUUUUUCUUCAGUUAAACACUUGAAAAAUGUGUCUAUAGCAGAGGAUAUAUUGGGUAUAACAGAUGAAUGUGAUGAUGGGUCACAAGGUGACUUUAUAGAAACCUUUGAGGAGACAACUCGUGAUAUGACUUUGGAUGACACCCAGGAUAUUUCUCAUGAAAAAAUUCACAUUGUUUAUGAACGAUCCCUUCUUCAACUAGCCAAAAAAAUUGUUAUACCAAAAUGUAUGUUUUGUGCUGGUGAAGUUGAUAUUUCUGUACAGCCUGUUUCCUCCUGUGUGCAUUUGAUAUGGAAAUGUAGUGCAGGACAUAUAGCAUUUGAAUGGUCUUCUCAACCCUUGGUAAAAGGACAGACGCAUGCAGGAGACCUUGCUUUAUCUGCUGCAAUCAUACUGUCAGGAAACAAUUUUGGAAAAAUUUCACAAAUGGCAAACUUUAUGAAGUUGACAUUCGUAAGUGCAAGUACAUUCUUCAGAAUGCAACGUCACUUUAUUGUUCCAACUAUAGAAUCCUUCUGGUGUCGAAUGAAGCAACACAUUUUAGAGGAAUUACAUGGGAAGGAAGUAGUCAUUAUGGGAGAUGGACGCAUGGAUGGCCCUGGCCACUCUGCACAGUAUUGUGUAUACUCAUUCAUGGAUUUAGAAACUAAACAAAUUUUAGCUAUCGAAAUAGUGGAUAAACGCAAAACGCAACUGAACUCCCCAUUUAUGGAGAAGGAAGCCUUUCGAAGAGGAUUACAAAAGUUGUUGGAUGAACAGCUAAUGGUCAAAGAAGUGGUUACUGAUUCACACACUCAAAUCUCUGCUUUGAUAACAAAGAAAUUUCCCUGUGUAAUCCAUUCAUAUGACAUAUGGGGUGGUGCCAAAAAUCUUGGAAAUAAAUUAAUUGAGGCUAGCAGACAGAAAGAUUGUCGCUGUCUUUUACAAUGGUGUUCCGAUAUUGUCAAUUAUUUCUGGUUUUGCUGCAAGGAAGCAAAUUCAUAUGAAAAAUUUAUUGGAAUGUGGUGUGGCUUAGUUCAUCAUGUGGUCAAUGAACAUCAGUGGGCUAGUGGAAACGGCAUCAUUGAGGGACGGUGCAAACAUGGUCCUCAAAUGGAUGAAAGAGAAAAGGAAUGGCUAGAAAAGGGAAGCAAACCUCACACUGAAAUGUGCAGAAUAAUUUUGGAUAAAAAGUUUCUGAGAAACAUCCCAUACUUUCUACAGUUUAGAUCCACAUUUGAUCUGGAACAGUUUCAGCAGCAUGUGCAUAUGUAUGCUCCCAAAAGAUUUGAAUACACCUAUCCAGUGUACAGAGCAAGAUGUUUUUUGGCUGCUAUUGAUUACAAUAUGCAUUUGAACCGGCAAACCAUGCACAAUCAACAGAAUCAGUUAAUAUACCGUAGAAUUUACCAUAGGAAAUCUGGGAGAUGGACCUUGGUACCCAAGAAAGAAAAUAAGCAUUAUGUAUAUACUGAUGACAUAAUGGAGGAGAUAUUUCAACGCUGUUUGGGGAUGUAGCAAGAGGUCCUGAAGGCUAAACCUCUGAAACCAAAUAUUUCAAGACUGAUUGCAGAAUGAAUUAUAUUAAUUAGCCUUCUUUCACAAUUAAAAAAAAAAAACUUCUCCAGGCUUAUAUUUAUUGGAAUUACCUAUGGUAAUGCUUGAUUAUUUAGGAGGAUAUAGUUAUUUAACCUUUUAUUCUUGGGCAGGGUAAGUGAACUAUUUGUAUUGGUAUUAAUAUCCAUUUCUGGUGGGGUUGGUUAAAUAGUCAAGUUAUAAUAACUUGCUAACCUUCUAUUGUGUGCCUGUGUGUGUGUGUGUGUGU